AUGCAAAACCAAAAUCACCCGCUACCCUCGCCCCCGGGCAAUCAAGAGCGGCCUGGGAACCGCCAAAGAUCGAAGACUUCGUCUGGCUUCAGUUUGCAUUCUCAUAAGAGCAGUGGCAGUGGACAGAAACUUGAUCUCACAGAAACACACCGAGAGAAGGAAGCAAAAAGACUUCAUUCCAAAGCUGAUCCAUCCCUGGCCAUGACGGAAGCCGAACCUUCUGCUGUUGCAAACGACGUUGCAACUUCAUUAGCACCCAUUCGAGCGAUUCAACACAGAGACAGUCAGGGAAACCCCAUCGCGGAUCCCGAUCGUUCAAAUCCUACGAGAAGCAGAUGGGAGAGACCUUUGGAUACAAUUCGAGCCUUUGAGGCAGCUAUCGAUGGAAACUAUUCUUCAAGGAAAUCAAUGAUACGCGGUUCUGAAUCCGAUGUAGGCUCAACAUACAAUCGACGAAACAGUUACUAUGCCGCAAGUCAAAUGCACAAUGACGAACGACCAAGGUACUCUCAGCAGAGCUAUUAUGGAGGAGGACAACAACCUAACAGACAAAGUAGCCACUAUGGUGGUGACGGACGGCCGAAUGGAAUGACCAAGCCCGAUAGUUAUUAUACUACCGAUAAUCAUGGAGGUCAUGGCAAUGGAUAUACUCCAAACAGAUCUCGAUAUCCUCGAACAGCAUCAGAACCACAAUUUAACAGUGGUGUUUACACCGCACCUGGAGGCCAACAACAUUCAUAUGAAACUGUGACAACUGCCUCCGGUAGUGGAAUGUCUGGAGACGCUGCAGGAUACUCAACCGACCCCAGCAGCUUGAAUAGUUCAGUAGAUGGGCUUCAUGCACUACCGCAACAACAAAAAGAACCUGCCGAGACAUAUGGAUUCAAUGGGUUUGGAAAUAACCCCCAAUACCCUCCACCUGGAAAUGGCAUCAAUGAGCAAAACGGGGCGCGAAGACAGCCGAUUGGCCAAGGACCUCCGCCUUCUAACCAUGACAGCACACCACGAACUCCAAUCAACCUUGGUAUCACCAGUGAAAACUCUUUACCUCAGAAAUCGGUUGUUCAAAUCACCAAAUCAGAUGCUAAGCCUCAACCCGAAAAACGGAAAAGUUGGUUUGGAAGAAGGUUGAGCAAGAAUAAAUAA